GACAGCGGUUGGAAAUCUGGUUUUUCUUUUUGUGUUGUGGGAAUUAAUGUUAAUACAACACAUUGGGACAAAACCUGUCGAACCCCCAAAAACUGCUGAUACCGGAAGUCAAACCUCUAGGCCGGAUGAUACCGGUAAUCCACAAGGUCCCUCAAAGCCAGUAGAUACCAACAAACAACAAGGACCUCGGCAAGAUGAUACCGGAAGGCCAGCAUCUAAACCAGCUAAUCCUGGUAAUCAACAAGAGCCCUCUACGCAAGUAGAUACCAGCAAACAACAAGGAUCCCAGCCAGAUGAUACCGGAAGUCCAGCAUCUAAGCCAGCUGAUCCAAUCAACCACCAACCGUCAAAGCCAGUAGAUACCAGCAAACAGCAAGGAUCUCAGCCAGAUGAUACCGGAAGUCCAGCAACUAAUCCAAUUGAUCCCAGUAAUCCACAAGGUCCACCAAAGCCAGUAGAUACCAGUAAACAGCAAGGAUCUCGGCCAGAUGAAACUGGAAGUCAAGCAUCUAAAUCAGCCGAUCCCAUUAAUAAACAAGCUCCCUCAAAGCCAGUAGAUACCAGCAAACAACAAGGAUCUCAGCUAGAUGAUACCGGAAGUCCAGCAUCUAAGCCAGCUGAUCCAAUCAACCACCAACCGUCAAAGCCAGUAGAUACAAGCAAACAGCAAGGAUCUCAGCCAGAUGAUACCGGAAGUCCAGCAACUAAGCCAAUUGAUCCCAGUAAUCCACAAGGUCCACCAAAGCCAGUAGAUACCAGUAAACAACAAAGAUCUCAGCCAGAUGAAACUAGAAGUCAAGCAUCUAAAUUAGCCGAUCCCAUUAAUAAACAAGCUCCCUCAAAGCCAGUAGAUACCAACAAACAACAAGGAUCUCAGCUAGAUGAUACCGGAAGUCCAGCAUCUAAAACAGCUAAUACCGGAAGUCAGGCAUCUAUUCCAAUUGAUACUGGAAGUCCAGCAAUUAAGCCAGCUGAUCCCAUUAACCCACAACAACCCUCUAAACCAGUAGAUACCAGCAAACAACAAGGAUCUCAGCCAGAUGAUACCGGAAGUCCUGCAUCUGAGCCAGCUGGUCCAAUCAACCAACAACUGUCAAAGCUAGUAGAUACAAGAAAACAGCAAGGAUCACAGUCAGAUGAUUUAAGAAGUCCAACAACUAAGCCAAUUGAUCCCGGUCAUAAACAAGGUCCCUCAAAGCCAGUAGAUACCAGCAAACAACAAAGAUCUCAGCCAGAUGAUACCGGAAGUCCAGCAUCUAAGCGAGCUGAUACUGGAAGACAAGCAUCUAAUCCACACGAUACUGGAAGUCAAGCAUCUAAGCCAGCUGGUCCCAUUAGCCCACAACAACCCUCUAAACCAGUAGAUACAAGCAAACAGCAAGGAUCUCAGCCAGAUGAUACCGGAAGUCCAGCAACUAAACCUAUUGAUCCCAGUAAUCCACAAGUUCCACCAAAGCCAGUAGAUACCAGCAAACAGCAAGGAUCUCUGCUAGAUGAUACUACAAGUCGAGCAACCAAGCCAGCUGAUCCCAUUAACCAACAACAGCCCUCUAAGCCAGUAGAUACAAGCAAACAGCAAGGAUCUCAGCCAGCUGAUACCGGAAGUCCAUCAACUAAGCCAGUAGAUACCAACAAACAGCAAGGAUCUCAGCCAGCUGAUACCGGAAUUCCAGCAACUAAGCCAGCUGCUCCCGUUAAUCAACAAGAUCCAUCUAAGCAAGCUGAUCCUGUUAAUACACAAAUUCAUUCUAAGCCAGUUGAUACCGGCAGUCAACAAGGAUCUAAGCCAGACGAUAUCAGAAGUCAACAAGGAUCUAAGCCAGACGAUAUCAGAAGUCAACAAGGAUCUAAACCUGUUGUUUCUGCAGAUCAAGCAGCUACUACAGAAUGUCCCAAUUUACCAACACGAUAUGAGGAAAAUAAACUUAUUAUCGAAUCACAAGACUGUGAAAUUGUGGUAGAACCAGCUGAUAUUAAAGAUAUAGACAUAGAGAACGAUAGGGAUAGAGACAAUAGAGGAAAAGGCAAAGGAAAGAAAUCCAAACCGAAGAAACAUCUGAGAGAAUACCGGCCAAAGGCAACAUUUAAAUAUAUGAACAAAGGAAACCAACAACUGACAGAUGAACCGACAGUUGUAUCAUCGGGGUCAUGUCCAGAAUUACCAACUAAACGUGUGGCAAACGCAGUAAUAAUAGAAUUGAUUCCAGGUCAAUGUGAAAUAGAACUAGACCUGGAAAAAAUUGAGAGGGACGAUAAACAGGGUAAAAAAGGAAAGGGAGGAAAAGGCAAAAAAGGCAAAGGUGGAAAGGGAAAGAAAAAGAAUACAAGACAAGACAAAAAAUUAUUGGAAAUGGUUCCAGCUGUAUCAUUCAGGUCAAAACCGACACAGCCACUGUGAUCUUGAGUCGUGUUUGCACGGACAGCCACUUAAUCGAAAUGCAAAUGUCUUAUCAUGUUGAAUCGUUAUUAUUCUUACAAUGUAUAACAUAUUAUUUUCAUUUGCUGCUUUUGUACUAAAACUCUUUAUCAUAUUUGUAAUUUUGUCGACAUGAAAAAAGUACAGGCGCUUUUCAUGAUGUUAUUUUUUUUAUUUUUAUACUCUUUAGUUUCAACGUUUUCACUUACCAAUAAUUUACUUGUGAACAUUUCAAAGCGAGUUGGCAAUGAUAAUAAAAGAGACAAAAAUCUAGAACAGUAACAUCAUUUUAUGAUGUAAUAUAAAACUUAAAGUAAUGAAUUGUCAUGAUAACCAUCAUUCUUAGUAAAUUUACACCUAAAGCUCUGAAUUAUAUCUAGUAUGCUUCACUGAUAUAUUAUCAAACAUUGAAUGUUUGACAUUGAAGCUAAAGACUGUGUGGUAAUUUGUAUGAUAUAGAAUUAUAUUUAUUCUUUAUUGUA